ACAGAAAAAGACACAUUUAAGGUCAACGACUGAACGCUAUAGAGAACCCAAAACCCUUAGCAAUGCUAAGUUUUCAUAUCAUAAAUACCCUUCUUACAAAUAAUUAUUUUGCAUUGAUAACUAAUUUUUGGGAGUGAUAAUCUUUAUUUACAAAGAAAAGAAUGGAUACCACAAAGGCGCAUCAAAAUGUGGUUACCUUAGACGUCCAUGCAGCCAAAGAUCUGCUACAUUCAUCUGGUUACAAUUAUCUUGAUGUCAGGUCAGUGGAGGAAUUCAACAAAAGUCAUGUUGAGAAUGCCAUUAAUGUCCCCUACAUGUUCAAGACAGAAGAAGGACGGGUGAUAAAUCCCGAUUUUAUUAGCCAAGUAGAAGCAAUAUGUAAGAGUGAGGAUCAGUUAAUUGUGGCUUGCAAUAGUGGUGGAAGAUCAAGUCGAGCCUGUGUUGAGCUCCAUAAAUCAGGAUUUCAAAAUAUUGUUAACAUGGGUGGAGGAUACUCUGCGUGGGUGGACGCUGGAUUUGCAGGUGACAAACCUGCACAAGAACUUAAAACAGCUUGCAAGUUCCGUCCAUAAUUUUAUAUAUAUUUCCUCAAAUUGGCGAUAUGAACAUGAUAUCUACUAUAAUAUUUCAGUGCGUCUGUAAAGUAAUUUUAUUUUACAGUACUUUCUUUGUAUAAUAAAUGGUACCCUUGUAAUUCGAGUUGGGCCAAGGCCGGCCUAAUAAAUAUUGAAGUUUAAGACGAUAUUUACAAUAAAUUUUUAAUUUUUAAUAAUAAUAAAAUUAUGAAAAUUUCUACUAAAAAAUUAUGAAAAUAAUAUUUUUAUCAAAAAAUUAACUUUUUGAGUUUUCUAAAAUGAAAAAUUAUUUAUUAAAUUAUCAUAAUAAAUUUCGUUUAAUAUUUGAAUUUCAACCUAAAAAAAAUGAAAAAUUUCUUUAUCCACCUCCCUACUUUCUUGGUCACCCCUGACGAAAUCCCCGAAAU